CUUACGCUAAUGUACCUACCUACCUGUAGCUUAAUGCGGGGUAUGUCCCUUUUUAAACUUUAGCUUCGAUGUCAUUGGCUUAGCCUUAUAUACAUGUAUACCUAUAAUGUCUCUUAAUAUUCUCUCGCCUUUUGUUACCUACAUAAUAUUCUAACUUCCAAAAUAUUACAACUUCACAAAGCUACCUGGUACGUAGUAAUUGCUUGCGGCAAGAGAACCCAUACAUUCGAUUCGAAGCUUAAUUUAGUCGAUUCCGAACUAUAAAGUACUUCGGAUGCUGAACCAAUGGCAUUGAUUUAGAAUGAUCACCUAUACGAUCAACCCAAUACAUCUACAAGUUCACUUAUGAGUUCAUCUACGAGUUCGCUAGACUCCGAGUCAUCGGAAACAUCUGUUUCACAUAUCCUCUUCUCUAAAUUCCAGGAGUUACCGCCAGAGUUACGGCAUCAGAUCUGGCACAUGGCUCUUCCCACACCUGGCAUCAACUUUUUCAACGUCCAUUGUAUACCUAACGAUCAUCCCGGUGCUAAUCAAAGUACCUCCCCUUCUUGGCUGUACCUGGACCUGAGACGUCUAUCUAUCGAUGAUGAUGAUGGAACAGUCUCCCAGUACGAUCCUUCGGCAUGGCAGGCUCGGGAGAUGCUACGUCGCGUUUGUCGAGAAGCCCGUGAUGUGUGUUCUCUCUCUCCAGCCGAGGCCGCUACUAUCACACUUACUCGCCCUCGUCGCGGUCUAUUUGUGAGAGCGGCAGAUGGUCAGCUACGGGAACUGCUUCCUGUGCGUUAUCGCUCUAGUUUUAAGCGACGAACCGAUCGUCUGGAACCAUUGGAGCGCCGGUUGGUCCGUGUUCAUGUCGACGACGUGCUCUGUCUCUCCGUCGAGAACUGUAGCUUCAACCUCCCGUUUGAGGAGAUACCCGUCACUAGCAGCGAUGGAUUUUCCCCUUACGGUGGUGGCUUAUCAGAUGAUGAUGAGGAUGAGUUGGGAUGGGCCUACGACCCGCAGCUAACACCUUCCCUACCGUCUACCAUCAGGCGUUCAAGAGUGUGUGUUGAGAUGGCUCGCGGCGAUCGGAUCGCUCUCCAAGGUGUUAAUGAGGCUCUCCGAGAUAUGAUAUCAUUCUCCCAGAACCGGAAUGCGCAGCCGGGGGAGAUGUUAGAUCAGGUGCCCUUAGUCAUGUUUGACGCGCUGAAACAGGAGCUGGGUCAAUAUCGCGUCGAGGAGCUUACCCCUUGGGAUGAGGCGUUCUCGGAUCGCUACGGAGACCGCUACGUUGCACUUCCGUGGAGCUCGACAGACCUCCUACUUGCCGAGUAUAAGCUUACCAAGGUAUGGCCCGAGACUAAUGAUAUUCGGCUCCGAUACUUGCGGUCCGCGAUACUGCAGUCACCAAAGAGGCCUGCUAAUCGCCCGUCUUGAAACGUCAUCAAUCAUGUAUGUGCUUCAGAAGGUUUAAACGGUAAGGUUAUUCACCUUACCAUAUGCCAAACGUCAAACUAUCAGCAGGUAGACACGGGGUGGAUUUAAAUAAUGAAAACCCUAUAGAAGACUUUUGUAACGUUUUGCUCGCAUUCCAAGUCCCUUUAAAAAUAACGGCGCCUUCGUAGAUAGA